CUCUCCAUUUUUGUUCAGACCCUUACCAAAAUCCAAAAUGGUUAAGAUCGCAGUGGCUGGCGGCUCUGGGCAAGUUGGCCAGGAAGUGAUCGAUGCUUUAGCCGCUGCAAAGAAACAUGAGAUAGUGAUUUUGAGUAGGAAUAAGGCAGUCACUGGCGACAGCGCAUCUGGAGUCACAUGGCUUGCCGUAAACUACGACGACAAAAGCCAGCUUAUUGAAGCCCUGAGAGGAAUUCACACCGUCUUAUCUUUCACCCAAGUCAUGGAUUAUACGCCCCAGGAGAAUCUGAUAGAUGCUGCCAUUGCCGCCGGCGUGAAACGCUUUGCACCAAGCCAAUGGGGGAGUGCGUCGACAAUAGGCAUGCCUUGGUGGGCAGGAAAAGAUAAGAUCAAGGAGUAUUUGGAGAAGGUGAAUGAGAAUGGGAAAGUCCUCGAGUACAGCCUGUUCCAACCCGGUCUAUUCUUAGACUAUCUUGCCACUCCGUACAAAACGGCCAAGUAUCUAGAGCCGCUCAAUACGAUGAUUGACUUUCAGAAUCGACGGGCAAUCGUCGUUGAUGGUUAUGACGCUAUCAUGACAUACACCACUGUUAAAGAUCUCGCUGCAGUCGUCGCUAGGGCAGCUGACCUUGAUGGCGAGUGGCCUGUGGUUGGUGGUAUCCGUGGCAAUAGAGUGCCAGUCUCACAAAUUCUCAAGAUCGGCGAGAAAGUUCGAGAAACUACAGGCCGCGCCUUUACCGUUGAUAAAGUCAAACUCGGAGAUCUUGAAAGGGGGAUUUUGACGGCAUCGUGGACACUAGAAGCGAGCCACCCAAGUGUUACGGGGGACCAGGUCGAGGAGAUGCUAAAGACUGUUCUCAUUGGCACUCUUCUGAGCAGCGCAAAGGGUGCAUGGGAUGUUUCGGACGAGUUCAACCAACUUCUGCCCGAUUUCAAAUUCACACAGAUAGAGGAAUUCCUUGCUCAGGUCUGGGAAGGCAAACCAUAAUAGGAAAUGCUCUAUGCUCCAAGUCCCAACUGGGUAUGAUAUGUUUGCUGGUGUUAUCAACUCCCUCACAACGCUUCUGUUCCGAAGAGGACUUUUGCAGUGCCAAAAAAGGUCUAGAUGGAGCAAUUGCACCGGGCUUCGCCUUCCGUUAACGGCAGUCGACCUAAUCCCCCUUUUGCGCCUACUCACUCGCCAUGCUCGCUUACUAAAUACGCACAACGUAGCGAGAAAUUUUCCUCUCAAGUGUUCCUGAGUAAAAGCCACAGGACCUUGACAUCGGUCGGGUGAGAAAGGGGAAACAAAAGAUGCCGCUCGGCUCCAUGAAGAGAAUUAGAUUGGUGCUUGG